CCACCAAAGAGUUGAGAGUUGAGAACUUUAGAGCAAGCAGAACGCAAAGUCUGGCACACUCUCACAUUUCCUCGAUGGCCAACCGGUGCUAACAGAAGCUUCUAGAAAUAUAAGAGACUUCUUCUAGAAGAUUCUAGAUCAUUUACCAAUGGCCGAGACCAAGCGAUCCACAGGUACGGUGAAGUGGUUCAGUUCGCAGAAGGGGUUCGGGUUCAUAGCCCCGGAACAGGGUGAUGAGGAUCUCUUCGUCCACCAGACCUCUAUCCGCUCCGACGGGUUCCGGACCCUGUUGGAGGGUCAGCCCGUGGAGUUCUCCGUCGACUACGGCGAGGACGGGCGCGCCAAGGCCGUCGAUGUUGCCGACAUCGGCAGAUCUCAUCGCCCGGGGUUUGGAGGGAGGGGCAGAGGUGGUAGUUUUGGCAGAUAUGGUGGUGGUGGUGUCAGUGGUUAUGGAAGGGGUGGUGGGCAGAGAGGCGGAAGGAGUGGUGGAGGCUAUGGUGGUGGUGUUGAGUGUUACAAUUGUGGGCGAGUUGGUCAUUUGGCUAGGGACUGUUAUCGACAAGGUAGUGGCGGCGGUGGUGGGAAUCGGAGAUACGGCGGUGGUGGCCGUGGAUACGGUAGUGGUGGUGGUGGAGCGUGUUUCAAUUGUGGGGAGGAAGGACAUUUUGCGAGGGAUUGCCAUAACGUAUAGGAUUUUGUGAAUGUGAAUCUGGGUGUUCCUCAGUAAAUUGGGCUGUUAGAUUUUUGUGGGUUUGUUAAAAUAUUCAUUUUUUUUGGGGGUGCUUGGAAUCUGAAGAUUGUUCUUGGGUGUCGCCGAUUGUUGCUCGUUGUUGGGUUAUUGGGAUAAGCUUGUUUAGCAAGGUUUGAUAAAUGUGAUUAAUUGUUCUCAUAAGAUAUAAUUUUUUCUUCUUCUUCUUCUUCCCUUGUUGGUUUUUCAUUGUUUCAUAACCUUUACAUGUUGUUCAUUAUGGGAUUACUGAAAAGGUAUUUUUGUUGA